GUGUACUUUUGUGUGUGUCAGUCAUUGGCCUCAAAUUCUGGUAUUCCUGAUCUCUCAUAAAUAAAUUGAACUCAAAUUCAUUACUAUUCCCCAAAUGGGUUUCGAUCAAUCUCCGCCUCCGUGGCGGUGGCGGUGCUUCCUUCUAUUCAUCGGAAUAGUUACCGUCUCAACCACCGUAAUCGCUUCCGACACUCACAAUAAGCGUGAACAUCUAGUCUCCAGAAUUGCCUUUGGAUCAUGUUCUAACCAAAGUGCUCCUCAGCCCAUAUGGGAUGCAGUGGUAGACUUCAAUCCACAAAUAUUUAUAUUUCUGGGAGAUAACAUUUACGGAGACAACAAACGCCCUUUUAAAAUAUUCGGACGAGAAAGGACUAUUGGGCCGUGGAAGAACGUUCCACGAUUUCUUCCUUCAUCUGAGGAGGAAAUGGAGGCUAAAUACAAGAAGGCUAAGUCUAAUCCUGGAUAUGUUCGGGUUAAACAAAGUGCCGAGGUUAUUGGUACAUGGGAUGAUCAUGACUAUGGAUUAAAUGAUGCAGGAAAAGAAUUUCAUGGAAAAACAACCAACCAAAAGUUACUUCUUGAUUUCUUGGAUGAACCUCAAGAUAGCCCAAGGCGGAAACAGGCCGGUGUCUAUGCCUCAUAUACAUAUGGUCCCAUGGGCAAAGAUGUUAAGGUUGUACUGUUAGAUACCAGAUACCACAGAGAUACUAUAGGAAGUGAUGGAACCAUUUUGGGGAAUUCACAAUGGUUAUGGUUGGAGAAAGAGCUAAAGGGUCCACCAACUGCCAUUACCAUAAUCGGAUCUUCUAUUCAGGUUAUAUCAAAUCUAUCAGCAACUCUUCAACCAUUGUUUGCUAUGGAAUCAUGGGGUCGUUUUCCAAAGGAAAGAGAACGCCUUUUCAAAUUAAUAGCAGAUAGUAAGAGAGGCGGAGUAUUUUUUAUAAGCGGAGAUGUUCACUUUGGGGAAAUUACAAGAUAUGACUGUGCUUCGGACUAUCCACUAUUUGAUAUUACCUCAAGUGGGCUUACUCAAUCAGUCGAGGAGGUUGUUCCGCCUUUCUUGCGUCCUGUUGUGAGAUUCGUGGCAUGGUUGACUCCGUCUACAAUGAGAGUUAAGGGACCAAACUGCAGAUACAGUUCUUGUGUAUAUGGCCAGCCAAACUUUGGAACCAUUGAAAUAGAUUGGGACUCUCACCCGGUGAGUGUGAAAUUCAAAGUCCGGGACAAGAACGGGGUCGCCGUUACAGGUGCCGAUAUUUCAUUAUUGGAAUUACAUCCAUCAAAAUCAGAAACUCCUGACAGAGUAAAAGCAGGAGAUAAUCAGAGGCAUUUCACUCUUGAAGUUAAUCUGCCAUGGACUAAAAGAUAUCGCCUCGCGUUUUUGUUUUCUUUCACUAUUGUUGCGUUGGUUCUUGCGUUCCUCGGGCUUCUUUAUGCUUUUGUCACAAUUUUUCGACUAGGUCUAGGAGGAUGCAAAAGAAAGCACGAAUGACACGCUUGGAUAAAUUAAUACACAAUCAGCAAAAGGGAGCAUGUGUAAUAUCUUCUCCUUUGUAGAUUUAACCUUAUUAAUGAUUAUAGGUCAAUAAGAUUUAUGAGUAUUCUUUUACUGUUUUCACUAGUAUGAUGUACAUUUAGUGUGUUUGGUUUUUCUAUUUGAAAUUUUUAGACAAUUGUGUAGUACUAGUACCUUAAUGCAAAACCAAACACACUUUUUGAAGUAGAUUUUUCAUUUUGCUUUGUAGUUUUAUUUAAUGCUUUAGCUAUUUGAUAAUGAUAUGAUGCAUGAAUGUCAUUGGCAUGCCAUUUUUUGUGCCAA